UCCCCCGGGUGGCUAAUUUAUUUUCGAGCCCGGGGGGGGGGGGGGGAGGGGCGGGGCGGGCGAGGGCGGGGCGCCGGGAGGGGCGGGGCGCGGGCCCGGAGGGAGGGCGCUGGGGGCGGGCGAGGGGAGGCGGGGUGGGGGUCCUGCCUGCGGGGGGGGGGAGAGCCUGGGCCGCCCCUCGUCCGGCCACCCCCACUGCCCAGUCCCGCUCCCGGCCGCGGCGGCCGCAGCAGCCGCAGCAGCAGCAGCGGCCGCAGGAUGCUGAGCGCCGCUGCCCCCCAGCCCUGGCCCGUCGCCCCCGGCCCGCGCUCCCGCCCCGGCCCCUGGGCCGGACGCCCCCCCAGGCCGCGCACACUCACCUAGGACCCGGCCGGGAUGCCGAGUCUGCAGGUUGAUGUCAGCUGGGGACAGAUGAGCUGCUCUCUAGGGACUGUGACCACCAGGAGAAAUUGCCUCUUCCGCCUUGCUCCUCGGAGAUACGACAGUUCAUAGAUGGCUUCGCUUCUCAGAAUUACCCGAAACUAGGUAAUUACCGUGAGUGGAAGUUCGCUUCGACCGUCUUACGGUGCCUGGAGCUAACUGGAGCACUGACUAGCCCUGAGUGUCCGGCAGUUCUCCUGCCUUAGUUUCCCAGGUGACAGGCAGGCCACCACACCCAGCUUCAGUGUGAGUUUUAGCAAGGGGCCUCAGACACGCAGCAUCCGGCUUGCUGUAGAAGAGCUUCCUUCCCAGGCAGAGCAUGACCCGUGGGGUUGCCACUCUUUGUCCUCCUGUGGUAUCCUUGUCAGGCCUGAGUUUUGGAUCCUCGGCCCCUCACUGAGAAAGAUGGAUCUGUGUCUGUGGGUCACUGGGGGUGAGGGAGCCUGGGUGCUCAGCCUGGGACCUACUGAGCGUCCCACAGGCACACGUGUGGGAGCGGCAGGAGAGGGUCCCACAGGAGGGAGGGCCUCCUCAAAAAGAAAGUGUUGGAUGGCCAGCAGCCCUGCUGGUGGGGGCAUAUCUCUGGUUCCCUUAGGUUUGCCCUCCGUGAAGCCAAAAACUGUUGGAAGAAUUCCUGCUGUUUUAAAGGAGUGGGGAUUGGUGGUAGCUUUCCCUGGGUGUGAUGGUGACUUUAACGACUGUCUGGAGUUCACACUGAGGCCAGAGCUGCUCAGACCUGGGCUCAGGAACAGCUGGGAUCAUCCUUGAUGCUAAGGAUGGGAAGAGGUUCUAAGGAGGCUUACAAAUGGUGAGGGAGGCCAGUUAGGUUGGAGGGACCAAGGGCUAUCCCCAUCGUUUUAGCUAUUAAAUCAAAUGCCUCCUUUGGCCCCCUAUUCUGGUGCCUGAGACAAGGAAAGUAUGCCUCACUUUCCUUAUCUGUCACGUAGGAAUGCCGCUCCUGGGUUCUUGCAAAGAUUAAAUAUUGGGCACGUGGGAAGUGGGUCGUGUGUUCAGAACCCCAGAGCAAGCAGAGAGGCACCGUGGCUACUCAGUCUUUGCUUAGCAUCCUCCGCCACUUUCUCUUGCUCUUUGUGUCCCUGAGUCCCUGCAGCCGUGGGAGCCUUCCCUGGAGGACAGCUCUUCCCACUGCACACCCAGGUGGACCGGCCAGGCUGCAUAGCUGAGUGACUCAGCUCAGCACCCCAGGGCUGGGGAGGGCUGCCCGCCUGAGGAUUUGGAGGUGGGCUGCCUGGGCCUGUUUCCUCACCUUUGGUCAGGCAGGUGAGGGUGUGUCUCUCAUCCCCCAGUGUACACAGGAAUGGGGGCACAUCUGGGGCCAGGGAGAAGGAUCCACCAGCCUUUAAGCCCUUUGGAGGCCUCCCCCACCAACUCAAGGCAACUGUCAUAGGUCUGGCUGAGUGGAGGGCGCAGCAUGAGGUCUUGGAGGACCUCUGAGAAGGCCAUGGGUAGGGCAGUUUUCCGAUGCAGCUCUUUUCCUUUGUAGACAAAAACAGUUUUAUUUAGGCAGUGAAAAGUAUUUUUGAGAAUAGAUCUGGAACUUCCCAGCUGCAAAAAGGGCCUGUGGCUUGGAUCUUAUCAGCUCUGACAGUUCCUUGUCUCCUGCUCAUCCAGCGCCAAGGCCUGAAGGAAGGAGCACCUUACAUGCAGACCCACAAAAAGACAGAGGGCUGGAGAGUAGUGACCCCAGCUCAGCAGAACAGUUUCCUUCCUUUGCGCCUGUGUCUUCCCCACAGUAAUUACAGGUACCGGCGGUGUGGUUCCUUGCCAGUUGUGUGUGUGUUGGAAUGCGUUUGCUGGGCAGUUGUUUGAACCUGAGGAUGUAGAACCUGACGCUCCAGAAGGCCUCUGUACUUCAACAGGACUUACUAAUACAAAGCAGUGCGGCCCAGCCCCUUGCCCUAAGGCCCUGGCGCCCCUCACACAUACCGUUUGUAUCUGGGGAGGGGGGAGGGUAAGGGGUGGCUGUGGGGGAGAGCAUGAGGGUGCUUGGCCAGACAGCUUGCUCUGGCAAGGUUCACACAAGGGUGUUGAACAGGAGCAACAGCAGCUGUCAGGAAGCCUCUAAACGGUGGGACAGUGGAGCAGGGAGCCGGGGAUGGCUUCGGAGUGGGAUGACAGCGUGGGGGCUCCCAGUGCAGACCCUGGGAAGGUGUCUGGGCACAGGGCCUGGACAGAGAAGCCUGGCGAGAUGGGCACAGGUGGCUCGGGAGAUGGACUGCCGUGUCUGGGAGGUGAGGAUGACAAGUCCAAGGCUGGUCAGAAGGGGCCGACUUCCCAUCCACAUAGGGGAGCAGAGGCGGAGGGUCCAGGGCGGGGCCAGCUGUGGGGGGCAGGGUCAGAGGAUGCCAGUGGGACCAGGGGAGCUGUGAUAUGGGCUGUGGCUCCCGGGUGGUCAGUCUUAGGUGGACAGAUGGACUGAGGAGGGACAGGGUGGAGUGUUUCCCGGGCCACGAGGAAUCCCAGGUCGCUGGACACCCUGGGGAACCCUGCAGACUCCCGCCUGGGUUCUUGGCUCCUCAGGUCCCAGGGAGAGUGAAAGGUGGAGGCCAGGUGGGUUAGAUCUGGUGGGCGGACCCCCAGGAGGGACCUGAAACACAAGCAAGCCAUCUUGCCUGGACAGUUGCACAGGGACAGCAGGGACAUUAUGCCGGCCCUGGGGUUCAUCAUGGACAGAGGAGAGGCUGGUGGAAGGUGUUCCAGGACACAGGUUGGAGGGGCCAGGGGCUGGCUGGGAUAGCCUGGGGUGCUGGCUCUGUGUUCUCCGGGACGGCCAGGUCCACAGACAGCGAGAGCUUCAGGCUGUGCUCUCCGGGGAUGGCAGACAGCUCUGAAGUGGCUUUUCUGAGUGGCCCUUCAGACCUGCUGGGUUUUGUUCUUCCUGGCUUGGGCAGCACUUCUUUUCUGGGGCUCCCCCAGCCCUUGGAGGAGCUGGUUUGAACCUGCCCCUGCCGGGCCUGCUGCUUGCUCAGCCCCAGCUCCCACCAGCAGCCUUCGAAAGCCCUUGGGGCCACGGUGGCGCUCUGCUCCGGCUGCCAGUUCCCGUUGGAGUAGAGAUCAGAGGCGCAGACAGUUGCGGCCAUUCACUCUGCAACAGUGUAGCCAUGGGAAGGAAAGGGCGGUGGCCCCUCCCCCCAGCCGACCUCCUGGCUUGCCUGAAUGGCCUUAGAGGAUCCUAACCCUGGUCACUGUUUCAUGUCUGCCUCCCUCAGGUCCGUGGUGGGUCUAAACUGUCCUGGGUGGGGAUGCGGAGGGCGGCAGGUGACAGCGAGGAGGGGAAGAGGCAAGGAGGUGUCCCGCUGUAGGAGGGCGGAUUCCACCUUCCCCCUCCUGUGGUGGCUCUGUGCAAUGACCUCUGCUGGCGCCAUGUGUCCUUGGGUUUGAGGGUGGGGUGGGGGCACAGUGGGCUACACUCGGUCCCUCUCUGCGGCUUCCUGAGGGCCCAGGAGUCGCUCUGUUUCUGACUGACGGCAGCUGCAGCUCCAGGACAGCGUGGUCAGGGCAGGCUGUGCUGCCCUCUGCUCUUCCUGGCCCUGGGACUCUUCUUUUCCAGGGAACACAUUUGGCCAUUCCUGUCCAUCUCCAGCAGGCGAGAGGUACAGAGGUCCCUGUGCAAGAGGCCUGCUCUGCUCUGUCGAAGAUGCACUGGACACCGGAGCACGCCCAGUCCCUCAGCCAGUGGCCAGAGCAGCACCUGGACGUCUCCUCCACCACCCCGUCGCCGGCCCACAAGGUGGAGCUGCCCCCGGGGGGUCGCCAGCGCUGCCACUACGCCUGGGCGCACGACGACAUCUCCGCCCUCACGGCCUCCAACCUCCUCAAACGCUACGCCGAGAAGUACUCCGGAGUCCUGGACUCGCCCUACGAGCGCCCGGGCCUGGCGAGCUACGGUGACGCCGUCUUCCUCAACGGUGCCAAAGCGGACCCGGAGCCCUGGCCCGGGCCGGAGCCGCCCUACCCCCUAGCCUCGCUCCACGAAGGCCUCCCGGGAGCCAAGCCGGCCGGUGCGGGCGGCUCCGCGGGCCUCGGGGGCUCCCCGGCCGUAGCGGGCAAUCUGGCCGAGCCGCUAUACGCGGGCAACGCGUGCGGGGCGCCGGCGGCGGCGGCCGAGUACGCGGCGGGCUACGGGGGCGGCUACCUGGCGCCCGGCUACUGCGCGCAGGGCGGCGCCGCGCUGGCCCCGCCGCCGCCCGCCGCGCUCCUGCAGCCCGCGCCGCCGCCUGGCUACGCGCCCUCGGCGCCGCUCUACAACUACCCGGCGGCCGGCUACGCGGCGCAGCCCGGCUACGCGGCGCCCCCCGCGCCCUACCUGCCCUCGGGCCUGGCGGCGCCCACGCCGCUGCCCGCCCCCGCGCCGCCCCGGCCCGCGCCCUACGGCUUCCCCGCGGCCGCCGACGGCGCGUCGCUGAAGCGCAAGGCGGCGGACGAGGGCGCGGAGGCGCGCUACCGCAAGUUCGCCUACGAGCCGGCCAAGGCGCCCGCGGCCGACGGCGCCGAGUGCCGGGGCAACGGCUUCCGCGCCAAGCCGCCCGCGGCCACGGACGAGGCGCCGGCCAAGUACGGCGGCGGCGGCGGCCUCAAGGGCCUGGGCUCCCCCGCCUACGCCCCGCAGCUCGAGCCCUUCGACGGGGCCUUCGCGGCGCCGUCGGGGGAGCCCCCCAAGGGAGCGGAGCCGGGGGCGCUGGAGCUGGUGGCCGGCCAGCUGCUGGACCGCGGGCCCCCGGUGCAGUGGGCGGACGUGGCGGGCCGGGGCGCGCUCAAGGCGGCGCUGGAGGAGCGGCUGCUGUGGCCGCUGCUCCGGCCGCCGGCCGCCUGCCCCGCUGGCGCCCGCCCGCCGCGGGCCGUGCUGCUCUUCGGGCCCCGCGGCUCGGGCAAGGCGCUGCUGGGCCGCGGCCUGGCCACGCGGCUGGGCGCCUCGCUGCUGCGCCUGCGCGGGGCCGGCGUGGCGGCGGCGGGCGCGGCGGAGGGCGCGCGCCUCCUGCAGGCGGCCUUCGCGGCCGCGCGCUGCCGCCCGCCCGCCGUGCUGCUGCUCAGCGAGCUGGACGCGCUGCUGCCGGCGCGGGAGGACGGCGGCGCCCCGCUGCGCGCGCCCCUGCUGGCCUGCCUGGACGGCGGCGGCGCGCGCCCCGACGGCGUGCUGGUGGUGGCCACCACCGCGCGGCCCGCCGCCCUGGACGAGGCCGCCCGCCGGCGCUUCCCGCUGCGCUUCUACGUGGCGCCUCCCGACGGCGCGGCGCGCGGCCACAUCCUGCAGAGGGCGCUGGCGCGGCGGGGCUGCGCGCUGGGCGAGCGCGAGCUGGCCGCGCUGGUGCAGGGCACCCAGGGCUUCUCCGGGGACGAGCUGGGCCAGCUGUGCCAGCAGGCGGCGGCCGAGGCGGGCCUGUCCGGACUGCAGCGGCCCCUCUCCUACAAAGACGUGGAGGCGGCCCUGGCCAAGGUGGGCCCCCGGGCCCUCCCCAACGAGCUGGACUCGCUCGUCGAGUGGGACAAAAUGUACGGCUCCGGACCCUGAGGGCGGCGGGGAGGCCGCUCCGCCCGGGGUAGGGACGUCUUUGGCCAAAGGAGUGAUGAAUGUGGGGUGGGAGAGGGCGGGCUCUCCCGGGGGACUUGUGUUUUGUUUUCUUUUUUUUUGUUUUGUUUUGUUUUUUAUGGGAAGGAAAAUGCUUCUGCCAGGCAGAUCGACGCCAUAUGCACCAGUGAACUCAGGUUUUCCUAUUUAUUGUGGACGGGAGGGUCGCCGUCUCUGCCCGGCAGACGGGGCGCGCCCGCCAUGAGCUGGCACCAGGGCCUGAGGCACUCCUGCUCUCUCUCAACACCUUCCUCCCCAUUCUGCCUUCUCUGACCUGGCUUGGUCGCUGGCCCCUCCCCCCCCGUCCCUGAUCCUUUUGGCUUCUCCUUCCGGCCCCCACCUCUCACCCUCUGUGCUGGUGUUUGUCUAGCUCGCUUGCUCACCGCCUCCUGAACCUGAGCUUCGACCCUCCCCUCCCGCCUCCCUGCUCCUCAUUCACACAACAGUGUCUUUUGGCCCAGAGCCUGAGAAGGGGAUGGGGAGCGCCCAAACCCCCUCCUCCGUACCUCACCCACCUGAGAUCUCGCGGCUUUACGGGUGGGGCAAAGGAAAGAAAAAACACCCAAAGAAGGGUUUUUGUUGUUAUUGUUCAUUUUUGAGGGGAAGUCCCAGAAAUGUAGGUUGCUUAAUAUUUUAGGCCUCUUAUUUUUGUAAGAUGUGUAGGAUUGCUGUUUUUCGUUUUAUUUUGACAACUCAGGAAGAAACUGACCUCAGAAAGAAUGUUAGCUUGGCUGCUCUCCUGUGUCCCCAGCCCCAAUCCAGGGGAGCACGUUCUCCCAGACCAGAGACUGAUGGGCUGAUGAAGAAGAGCAGAGCGAGCCCAAACUGCUGUUCCCGGGACAGAAGCAGAAUGUACCCUCCACAGGCCCAGCUUGCAAGCAGGGGUCGAGGGCGGGCUGGGGCCUUCAGAGGGUAGGCCCUAGUCCUCAGCCUCGGCUUGUCCGUGAUACUUACAGAGGGCUGGGGUCUUGCUCUCCACCGUUUCCUGCCUUAGAGGUGACCCAGGCAGGAAGUUCUCGGGCGUCUUAGAGCUCUGCCAGGUGCCCACUAACAGGCUCCAGGGAUCUCCUCAGGCACAGUGCUGACUACUAGGAGCCGGGCCCAGUGUUGCUCUGGGGCCUGUCAGGAGGCAGAGCAGGGCUCUGGAAAAGGCUCUGGGCUGGGUGCUUCCUUGGUCCACCAGCAUGCUGAGUGUGUGGGGAGGGCACAGCGUGUUUUCCCAUGACAGCAGCCUAGCGCCCUCUGCAAACCACGUUCCUCCUGCUCGUCCCCUCUGUGUGGGCUUCAGCUGUUUGGACCCUCAGACAUUUUGAGGUCUUCGGUGCGGAGAAGGGACGCUCCCAUUUUUGUUCCGCUCUGGAGGUUCCUUGACCCCUUCACUUUGUGGGUGUGGAGGAUGGCAUGAGAGGCCCAGGCCUCGGGGCGCCAGAGGCAGGUGCAAGCCUAGGGGUGUGAUCAGGAAAGCUGCUUGGUCCCCCUGGGGCCAGCCACCCAAGGGCAGGCCUGGAUGCCUCAAAGCAAGCGGCCGUGGGGCGCCGCUGUAGGAGAUCCCAGGCAGGAGCGUGGACUAAGGGAGUUCUCUCAGGUCUUGGGGGCGGGGCAGAGGGGCAGGGAAGUAGAGUUGGGAGCCCAGCAGCCCCUUCAAGCAGCAGCACAUUUGGGGGGCUGGGUAGUUCAUGGACCAGUCCCCGGGGCCCCCACUUCCUCUGCUGGGCUCUUUCUGUUUCCAGGUUUGGAAGCUUUGCACAAGAAGACAGCCCCCGGCUGCAGCACCUACCUCAAGAGCGUGGGGCAGGAUGUGAGGGCGCGUCUAGCCCUAGCAAUGUUGGGGGGCAUACCAAAGAAUCCAGGGAUGGAGCGCGGGGGGGGGGGGGCGCCGGCCCUCCCUUCCCUCUGCUGAUGUUGGGUUGGGAUCCUCUCCCUCAGCUGCAACCAUUUCUACCUCAUUUUGCUGUGUGUUGUACAUGGGCAUAUUUAUCUCCUGUCUGAUGCUCUGCCGCUGUGGUCUGUCUACCUCAGAAGAGACUGUAUUUUAAAAGAAAAUAUUACACAGUAUUAAAGUUAUGACGUGUGGCA